AUGGAAGCAAUGGUCAAGGGCCAAAAGGAACGUAAAGGACAAUGGCCCAAGGCAAUCACCUGUCCGAACGAGAUGGUCGCCCUGUCCAUGGCCGAUGGAUACGCUCGCCUGACCGGCAAACCACAGUGUGUCAUUGUCCACGUUGAUGUCGGUACGCAGGGUCUAGGUGCCGCCGUCCACAACGCGUCCUGCGGCCGAGCUCCCGUGCUCAUCUUUGCCGGUCUAUCGCCGUUCACGCUCGAGGGAGAGAUGCGUGGCUCUCGCACCGAAUAUAUUCAUUGGAUACAGGAUGUCCCCGAUCAAAAGCAGAUUAUAUCACAGUACUGUCGUUAUACAGGAGAAUUUAAGAGCGGCAAGAAUGUCAAACAAAUAGUGAACCGUGCGUUGCAGUGGGCAACUAGUGAUCCUCAGGGACCAGUCUACUUGGCCGGUGCAAGAGAAAUCAUGGAAGAAGAAAUCGAGCCGUACUCCUUGAACCAGAAGCAAUGGGUUCCCGUCACAGGUUCAGCGCUGCCGGCCAGCGCGGUCGAGUUGAUUGCAAACGAGCUGGUCAAUGCGAAAGAGCCCCUGGUGGUCGUCGGGUACAACGGACGAGCAGCCAGCUCUGUCAAGGAACUGGUUAAUCUCGCCAACCUGGUCAAGGGCCUCCGCGUGCUCGACUGUGCUGGAUCGGAUAUGAGCUUCCCUGCGGACCACCCCGGGUGGCUAGGCUUGCGGUUCGGCAAUUCUGAUGCGGUCAAGACUGCCGACGUUAUCUUGGUUGUUGACAGCGAUGUGCCUUGGAUCCCAACAGUGUGCAAACCAAAGGAGACGGCAAAAGUCAUUCAUCUCGACGUCGACCCAUUGAAGCAACAAAUUCCAAUGUUCUAUCUACCAUCUAUAGCUACUUUCAAGGUUGACUCGACAACUGCCUUCAAGCAAAUCAACGAAUACAUCGUUUCCAACCCAACGCUGUCUCAAACACUCAACAGCGAAGAAGUGAAUAACCGGCAGAGGCGUGUUGAAGAGUCAUACCGACAACGACUCCAGGAGAUCGCAGAUUCUGCCGUUGCUCCCACUGGCGGACCAGACGCUCAUCUUAAUGCAAACUACCUCAUGGCCGAGCUUCGCAAGGCCGCUCCUCAGGACACUAUUUGGGCUAUUGAAGCAGUUACACUUACCUUAUUUGUCGCCGACCAGCUACAAUGCACACUUCCUAAAUCGUGGAUUAACUGUGGAGGCGGCGGCCUGGGGUGGUCUGGUGGCGGUGCUCUCGGUAUCAAACUCGCGAGCGACGACGAGCAUGGCGGUAAGAACAAGGGAAAAUUUGUGUGCCAGAUUGUCGGGGAUGGUACAUAUCUGUUUUCGGUGCCCGGAUCUGUAUACUGGAUUGCCCGCCGGUACAAUAUCCCCAUCUUAACCAUUGUCCUGAACAACAAGGGCUGGAACGCUCCUCGGCGAAGCAUGCUCCUCGUCCAUCCUGACGGUGAGGGAUCCAAGGCGACCAACGAGGAGCUCAACAUCUCCUUUUCUCCCACACCGGAUUACGCAGGCAUUGCCAAGGCAGCAGCAGGAGGCGAGCUCUGGGCUGGCCGUGCGAGCACAGUUGGCGAACUCGCAGAGAAGCUCCCGCAGGCCAUCCAGAGUGUUCUAGCAGGGACAGCUGCUGUUUUAGAGGCGCAGCUCGAUGGGAUCGUGGGGAAAUACGUCGAGAAAAAGUGA